AUGAACGGGAAUGAAAACUUUUUGGGAUUUAUUUUCGAGAUUCGAUCGUUGUGGGCGUCUGAAUCGCCCAGGUGGAUGAGACGAAUCGAAAAAAGGAGAAAGUCGGCGAGGGCGCGGCGCCAGCCGCUCCCUGCACCUCAGCCGAUUAUCAUUACCCUGAGAUACGGCGAUCCGCACACAUUGCCAACGCCGAGCACUACGCGAAGCCAAACAGAAUCCGACUGCGCUUCCAAAGCUCAUUCACGAUCUGUGCAAAUGAAAACUUUCCUGAAAAUGCUCACUUUUGUCGUGUUGCUUCUCGCGCCGACAUGCUUUGCCGGCAGCGAUUUCUCCGAAGAUGUUGGCCUCGGAUACGUGGAUACGACAGCGUUGACGGAGAUCCUAGAUCGACUCACAAACAAAACCGUUUAUGACAAACGUCUUCGACCAAGAUAUGGAGACAAGCCGGUGGAUGUCGGAAUCACCAUUCACGUCUCUUCAAUUAGCGCCGUUUCAGAAGUCGAUAUGGAUUUCACUCUCGACUUUUACAUGAGACAAAACUGGCAGGAUCCUCGGCUAGAAUUCAAACCGCUUGAGAUCGGAAACGGACGAGAGAUUCGAUCACUUACCGUGGGAGUCGACUAUCUGGAUAAGUUAUGGAAACCGGAUACUUUUUUCCCGAAUGAGAAGAAAUCUUUCUUUCACACCGCUACCACACACAACUCUUUUCUGAGGAUUGACUCCGAUGGCACUGUAGCUACUAGUCAACGGCUAACUGUCACUGCGACUUGUCCAAUGGAUCUUCAGCUUUUUCCAAUGGAUUCACAAAAGUGCAAACUCGAGAUUGAAAGCUACGGUUACUCGAUCACUGACAUCAAUUACAUUUUCCCAAAAGGGCAAGAAUCAAUCUCUCGUGAAGCUUUCGAAUUGCCGCAAUUUGUGCUCGCCGAUGUCAAGAUCAGCAACAUCACCGAGAAGCUCAGCUCGGGCACAUACUCGCGUUUGAUUUGUUAUUUUCUUUUCAAGCGGAGUCUCGGCUUUUAUCUUUUGCAAGUGUACAUCCCAUCUGUGCUCAUCGUUUCAAUUUCAUGGGUCUCGUUUUGGCUUUCAAGAGAGGCUACACCUGCCAGAGUAGCAUUGGGAGUGACAACGGUGUUAACAAUGACCACUUUGAUGACAACAACGAACAGUGCUAUGCCGAAAGUCUCCUAUGUGAAAUCGAUUGACACUUUCCUCGGUGUCUCGUUCAUGAUGGUUUUUUGCUCAUUGCUCGAGUACGCAGCAAUUGGUUAUCUAAGUAAACGGUUGAAAUUGUGUGAAAUACGAAAGAAAUCUUCCGUUAGAUCGAUGCUCACCUCACCAGCCGAGCCAGCAAUUCGCUCAAUUUCCGUACCCGCCUAUUUCAACACCGCCUAUCGACCAUUUUACUCAUCAACUGAUCGAAAAUCGACUUUAUUUCUUGAUGAACAUUCUCGGCCAAAAGUUAGCUUUAUGGAUUCAGAAUGUGAUUGCCCAUUGCUAGCACCACCGCCAGAUGAAAAUCACUCUCCAAGAGUUGAAAUUAUUGUCACAAAGCAUGAGUUCGCAAAACAACCGUUUGAAUGGCGUCAACUGUUGAAACCGUCGAAUAUCGAUAAAUACUCAAGAAUUUUCUUUCCAACUAUUUAUUUUACUUUCAAUGUUGGCUAUUGGGCUCAUUUCGUUCAUGGAUACGAUGUUGUGGACAUUAAAUUCUUCUGGGGAGACAAAGUGACGAGGGAGAACGAUUCGGUGGCCUUCUCGGCUUUCGUUCUUCCACAAUUCACACAUGAGGGCUACUUCAUCAAUUCGACUCUUGCAAGCACGUCAUCGGGCACCUACUCGCGUUUGAGUUUCUCGGUGUUGCUCGUGCGAAAUAUGGGCUUCUACGCGAUGAACAUCGUCAUCCCAUCGGUGCUCAUCGUCAUCAUCUCGUGGGUGUCUUUCUGGCUGAAUCGAGAGGCAAGUCCGGCUCGUGUGGGACUUGGAGUUACCACUGUGCUCACUAUGACCACUCUUAUCACUACAACAAAUAAUGCUAUGCCUAAAGUGAGUUACAUCAAAGGACUCGACGUUUUUCUCAACUUUUGUUUCAUUAUGGUUUUUGCCUCAUUAGUCGAAUAUGCAAUUGUCUCAUAUAUGAAUAAAAGAAUCGCAUUGCGGAGAGAGAAACGAAGGAAACAAGCUGAACAACAACAGCGCGCUGAGAUGCCGAUGUUCACUCAUUCGCCAAAACAACCAAAUAAUAAUUCUUACGAGAUGGCGAUCAUGUCACAGAACUCAACACCAGCAAAGAGCUACGAUCGAGCACAGGAAAUGGGUCUCACUCAUCACGCAUCUACCAAUCAAUUAAUGGAAAUCCCGGCUGAUUGUGAUUGUCGAACGAUUCCACUCAUUCAACAUCCAAGACUCGUUUCUCAUGAUGGACACACUUUAUGGCCAGCGCCUUUCGGAAAGGCAAAAAAACCGAAGAAAUUCUUCCAAAACAUGACACCGGCGAAGAUCGACAAGUGCAGUCGAUACGUCUUUCCACUUCUCUUUUUUGGCUUCAAUUUUUUCUAUUGGGCGAUUAUGAAAAUCCUAUCUGGAUUGGGCGAGGUUUACGAUAUCAGCUGGUUGCCCAUCGCAAAACAU